AUGCCUCGGCUCCUGAGAGAUGUCCUCCACGUAAUCGAGACAUUCCACAAGUACGCCAGGGAAGACGGUGAUGAGGCGACGUUGACCUGCAGAGAGCUGAAAAGGCUCAUCCAGGGAGAGUUUGGGGACACGCUUCAGCCACGUGUCAUUCAUGCUGUAGAAAGAAACUUGAAUCUUCUGACUAUUGACAGUGAUGGCACCAUCAGUUUUGAUGAAUUUGUUCUUACAAUCUUCAACUUGUUGAACCUCCAUUAUCUUGACAUACAAUCAUUACUAAAUUCAGAACCAAGACAAGGGCCUAAACCAGAAGAGAAGCCAGAUGAUAUGAAUCUCCAGGCAACCAGCAGAACUGGCCAGCCCACAGAGGGAACUCCACCAACUCAAGAUAAAUUAGUGCUUCCUUUGGGAAUAGUGUCAUCAGCUCAGCUCAGCCCUGAGGAAAGAGGAUACAACAGGGUGGAACCACAGGGCGACACCAAGACUCACAAACUGCCAGGAGAAGCCUCUGGGCACAAUGACCCUAAGAACCAACACCCGGAAGGAGAUGGACAGAGUCAGGAAGUGACCCAAGGUAUAGCAUCAACAGGAGACGAAGGGGCUGAAAAUGAGACAAAUAAGCCAACAGCAAGAUCAGAACAGGAGGGCAGUCCCACAAAGGGGGAGGAGGGACAGGAUAAGGAGAUUCAACCAGCCAGGGAGCAAAGUGACACUAAGACAAGAGAUCAGAGUGGAGAACAGGAAGGGAACUUGGGAACCCAAAGUUCUCCACCAGAAGAAACAGCACAGAGACCACCUGAAGAUCAGAGAGUUGCAGCAGAAAAGGUUGUUAAGGAACACUCUAAUGCACAAGAACAGCCACUACAAGGAAAAGAUCAACUGAGUUCAGAGGGCACAGACCUGCCAGAACAAACUGAUUCCAAGGAUGACAGUAGGACAGCUGAGACUCAAGAACCAGGAAACAAUGCUGACAGGACGCCACCGGAGACAAAGAACGCAGCUGAACCAGAGGGGGACGGCAGAACACCUGAGACCCAAGAACCCCCAGCACAAGAAAAAGAACAUGAAACAAACAACUUGUCCGUCCACGAAGACAGCAGACAUGUUUCAGGAACACCUGAUGUUAGAACUGAGAGGAAAGAGGGGAGAGGCCCUGAGGCCCAUGAAAUAAUAGGGAGGGAAGGAAGCGAAAGAAAGUCUCAGCCACCAGCCCUGGAAGAGGAAGCACAGGAUGGCAAGCAUCCAGGAUGGGAACUCCAGGAACCGGCAAAAGAAAGGGAUGCUGGAGAAGGUUCUAAGACACAAGAGUUAAGCUCAGAAGGAGGAGAUCAGAACCAUCCUGAAAUUGAAGAAGCAGACACCCCAGGAGAAGAGGCAAGACACACAGAGGAAGGGACAGGAGAAGCGCUUGUGAGCAACAAAAAUGCCCCUGCAGCAGAAGGGAUACCAGGAGCAAGAGAAAGAAGAUGGGAGUCGUCACCACUUGAGAACAAGUCUGGAGGAGAAAAUAAAAGGGUCACCAAGACUCAAGACAAGCUUGUCAAGGAGGAGCGUGGUUCCCAGGGGGAAGAUCAGGAGCCAACAGUCACCCAGAAGGAUAAAGGGUCUUCUGAAACCCCCAACAGCCUGGCUCUGGAGGAUGGUGACAGCAGCUCAGAGACAACUGACCCGCCUAUGCAAGGGGAUUCCCAGAGUCAAGUAGACUCACACGAAGCGUCUGUGCAAGGAAGUCACAAUAAUAACCCAGACACCCAGAAACAGGUAGCACUGGGUGAGGAAAACAGAAUUCAGGCGGCAGUCGGAGGAGAGGAUGAGCAGCUCACCGAGGAACAGGAACCGCCUGAAGGCAAAGAGCACAAGAUUCAGGGCUCGGGGACUAAAGGCCCAGGUCCAGCUGUGGAGCCCAGUGAACCCCCAGAGGCACAGACACACCUUGAAACCGAGAAACUUCUCACAUUAGAGGAAGAGGAUAAAAGCCCCCAAGGGCUGGCAGGAGAACAAAAUCCAGCCAAGAAGGGACCCAAUUCUUCAGUCCCUGAGGCAGGCCUUGAAGAGAGGACUCAGAGGAAUGAAGAGUCCUAUUCAGCAGAGAGCAGUGCAGUCUAUUCCAGUCCACUGUACAAGUACCUGCAGGAGAUUCUGCAGCAAACAGACAUAACCAAAGAGGAGCAUCAAAAUCAAGUAGACAGCCAGGGUAUAAGCCUCUGCAAUCACCAGCUCAGCAAUGAGAUCUCAGAUUUUCCUGUCUUUUCCAAUGACAGCCAAGCAUUACAGUACACCAGGGAGCUUCUGCCUGGUAAGGAUUCUGCUGACACACAACAAACAUCAGCUGCCCAGGCCUUGGAAGAUAAGCAAGGCCACCCUCAGAGAGAGGAACAAGACCACAAAGCAGCCGAAACCGGAUGCUAUGUAGUCAUUCAGAAGGAGGUGGAAAUAUAG